UGUAAGUCACGGUAGGGCGACUAGGUCAACAUCUACGACAUUGCGGCCUUCGUUACCUUGCGCGGGCACCAUAUCGGAACCGUUGGGAAGCCCAUGUUGGCGAGUUCUUUAUAAGCGGGCCACCUUGGCUAAAUCUGCCCAAGUUAACUAAGGUUGCAUAUGUAUUCUGUUCCUCAAUAUAAAUAUUGUCUGUGCGUGCCAUUUUGUUUCUGCCUCACUCGACCUGACCGGCAACCUUCUUUCCGCGACUGACACCAUUUUCUUCUAAUAUCGUGCCACCAUCACGAAUCUUUACGAACGCACACCGGCUGUUGUGGCAGUAGAUAUGGCAACAGCAGACCCUUCCGUCAUCGCGCACUUGCUGCAAGCUAGUCAGGAUCCUACCCAGACAAAAUCCGCUGAAUCAGCAUUGCGUGAUGAAGAGCAGAAACCAAAUUUCUCGCUCUCCCUCCUACACAUUGUCGCCGUCGACUCAUACCCUCCCGCCGUGAGAUUGGCAAGUGCUCUUGCGUUCAAGAACUUUAUCCGGCGCAACUGGACCGACGCGCAGGGCAGUCACAAGCUUCCGCAGAAUGAGGUGGUGGCGAUCAAGACAGAGUUGAUCGGUCUUAUGACAUCUGUCCAGCCCAGCAUACAAGUGCAGCUCGGAGAAACCAUAAGUUUGAUAGCUGAGAGCGACUUUUGGGAACGAUGGGAUACCCUGAUCGAUGACCUCGUAUCUCGCUUGACUACGGACAAUGCGCUGGUAAACAACGGCGUGCUUCAAGUCGCACACUCGAUUUUCAAACGGUGGCGCCCUUUGUUUAGGUCUGACGAACUCUACACCGAAAUCAAUCACGUACUCAGCAAAUUUGGUCAGCCAUUUUUGGUUGUUCUUCAGAACACGGAUGCUGCCAUCGCAUCUCAUCACAAUGACAAAGCUGCGCUAUUACAAGACUUCGCUUCGCUCAACACAAUAAUUAAGCUCUUCUAUGACUUGUCGUGUCAAGAUCUACCUCCGAUCUUCGAGGACAAUCUCCAGGGCAUCAGUGCUCUUUUGCAUAAGUACUUGGCCUAUGAGAAUCCCCUGCUGCACACAGACGACGAAUCGGAGUCAGGGUUGCUCGAGUUUGUAAAAGCUGGCAUUUUUGAGGCGCUGUCUCUGUACACUCAAAAGUAUGAGGAUGCCUUUGGUCCUUAUUUGCAACAAUUCAGUAGUAGCUCAUGGCAGCUUUUGACUUCGAUCGGCCACGAGACCAAAUAUGACAUUCUUGUUAGCAAGGCGCUACAGUUUCUUACCUCAAUCGCCAAGAUCACACAUCAUGCACAGGCAUUUAAUAACGAAGUUAUUUUGAAUAAGGUCAUUGAGAAAGUCAUAUUGCCGAACCUGGCCUUGCGCGAAUCCGAUGUUGAGAUGUUCGAAGAUGAGCCCAUGGAAUUUAUUCGUCGAGAUCUUGAGGGCUCUGACAAUGAAACCCGACGACGCGCCGCCACAGACUUCCUGCGGCAGUUGAUGGAACAAUUCGAACAACUUACGACCACGGUAGUGCAACGAUAUGUCGAGCACUAUUUGCAGGACUAUUCGAAGAACAAAGCGUUGAACUGGAAGUCGAAGGACACUGCUGUUUACCUCUUCUCCUCAAUAGCUAGGAGCAGGGUUGCUACGACCUCAGCAGAUUACAAAACUCUCAACGCCUUCGUUAAUGUCCUUGACUUUUUCCAAAAGCAUGUCUCGGCCGAUCUCACGAGUUCAGACAUCCACUACAUUCUUCAAGUUGAUGCUAUCAAAUUUGUCCACGACUUUAGAUCACAAUUUACGGCGGAUCAAUGGCAGGAGGCCUUCCCGUUGCUCGUACAACACCUCAACAAUUCAAAUUAUGUGAUCUACACAUAUGCUGCGAUUGCUGUCGAACGCGUUUUAUAUCUGACUACUGAGAACAAGCAACCCGUAAUACCGAGGAACCAAGUUACUGCUGUCGCAAGCCAAUUAUUACAGCAUCUUUUUAAGCUUAUUCAAAAGGACUCGGCUCCUGAAAAGAUUCAAGAGAAUGAAUUUCUCAUGCGUUGUGUGAUGCGUGUUCUCAUUGUCAUUCGUGAUGGAGUCGUUCCCAUUAUGGACAUGGUCAUACGUAAUUUUAACAACAUUACAAUGGUCAUACGCCACAAUCCUUCCAAUCCAAGGUUUUACUACUAUCAUUUCGAGGGCAUUGGAGCUCUUAUUCGCUUUGCUGCCCCUUCUAAUCCUGAGAAACUAGAGAAUUCUCUUUACGAUCCAUUUGCAGCAAUUCUCCAAGCAGAUGUCCAGGAGUUUCAGCCGUACAUAUUUCAGCUCUUCGCAGCCCUUCUGGAGGCGAAUCCUUCUGGCACACUUUCAACCUACUACCAACAAUUGAUCCAACCAAUCCUUCUCCCCACCUUAUGGGAGUCAAAAGGCAAUGUUCCAGCUCUAGUUCGCUUGCUAUUGGCCAUAAUACCUCGAGGAGUCCAAGUGAUUACAGAAAAUAAUCAGAUUGAAGCCAUCCUCGGUAUUUUCCAAAAACUCAUCGCGACAAAGUCUCAGGAAUCAUAUGGAUUCGAUCUUGUCGAGUCUGUAGUUACACACUUUCCAUUCGUUGCAAUCAAGAACUAUUUCACGACCAUAAUUCAACUAAUGCUUGGCCGACUUUCGAAUUCUAAAACUGAGGCCUUCGGUAUUCGCUUCACCCGAUUCUAUCACCUUAUCUCAGCUCAACUAGAUAAGGGCUUUGGCACAGACUUCUUUGUUGGUGUCUGUGAUGAGGUUCAGCAAGAUGUCUUCCGCCCACUAUACCUCCAGAUUAUUCUGCCAGAUACGCAGAAAUUGACACGGCCACUGGACCGUAAAACUGCCGUCAUAUCCCUCACUGUUUCCCUUACGGAUGCACAAGCCUUUGUUGAGCGUUAUCCAAAGGGAUGGGCUCUAACUUGUGAAGCUCUACUUAAGAUGUUAGUAAGCCCACCAGUUGUAUCGGUCGCCGAAGAUAUGAUAGUGGACCAGGAUGUUGAUGACUUGAGCUUUGGUGUUGGCUUCACACAACUCAAUACAUGCAAAAAGCCUCCUAGGGAUCAAUUCGCUCAAGUGGCAGAUGUCAAAACGUGGGUUGGACGACAAUUAAAAGAGGCUGAAGUCAAAACUGGUGGGAGAAUCAGCGACUACGUUCAGCAGAGACUGAAUGACGAGCAGAGAGGAGCAUUGGUUCAACUGAUGAGUUAAAAUUUCGAGAAAACGACGACUUGAGAGUUUCAUAGCUAAGUCAUUGCUACAUCGCAGGCACAGAGUUUCAGAGCGUGUACAUAUAGCCAAUAGUGAGAUAAAUGGAGACUUCACAAUCAUCAAUGACAGGCUAUUAUAAGAAAAUUGAAAAGCACAGCCAAAUGAAUCAAUCGCUAAGUGCGGAAUACACUUUUAUUUCGCACUUGAUAGUGGUUAUCUUUACUUCUGCGUGCAAAGUCUUAAGCUUGUUCUCGGGUUUAGAGCGGAUUUUGUUUAUACAACUCAAAUAGCUUAGAUACGCGCAUUCUUUAUUUCCUAUCCUGGCAGGUUUUAGACGAUGACAGAUUUCAAAAUCCCUUUUAAAGUAGGAACCGGGGAGACCUUUCACCAUAAAACACACGUGGGCAGCGGGGGUCAGAUGAAUGCAGUCUGUUCCAGAAAGUAUUGCAGAGGACCUCAAGCAAAAAAGAGGUCGAAUCUUUUCGAGGAUAUGGACGCGAGGCACUUGCAACUGAAGCAAGUGUACAACAAUGACAGUUCUCAGACUCUAUGCGCAGGAGUGUUAUGGAUCAAUAACAUGCUUGAUGGAUUUGCCCGGCCAGUAGAAAUUGGUUGAGGGCUCAUUCUGCUCAUUUCACCCAUCCGCGGCAGAAUGAGCAGGAUGAACAG